AUGGCUGACCCAAUUGAUUCUACAUUAUUUUUAAUACCACCAGAUGACAAAUUCCUGUGUUGUAAUCAUGGUGGUCUGAUGAGUUGUCCCAUUGUAAACAUUGAAUGUGGUCAUCUCUUCUGUCCGACAUGCAUAGAAACAUUGGUUCAAUGUCCAAUCGAUCAUAUGGUAAUAAAUACAUUGGAUAUCAAUUUCCAAUUAAAAAAUGAAUUGGAUCAUUUAUUAUGUUAUUGUAAAUAUGGUGUGGAGGAAGUCGAUGGUAUGUUGACUGUCCGCCACGAUGGCUGUGGAAGUAUCAUAAGCUACGGUAGUAAACCGACUCACGAGGAAUCGUGCCGCUACAAUCCAGCCAACUUGAUAUUCUCAACGAGUUCGUCUGACUCUGAGUUUGACAGAAUCAAUUCUCCGCGUACCAGCUCGGCGUUUGCUUCUUUCGAUUCCUCCUCGACAGAGAGUUCUCCUUUUACCAAAUCGACAUCGUCGUCAACAUCGUCGUCGUCUUCUCUCACCAACCAAUCGUUCUCUGUCAUCAAAAAGAACGAUAGUUUCGAUAUUAAUUCCGGUUCCGAUAUGAUCAACAGUUCCAGUUGUAACAGUAUUUCAAGUAUCAACAGUAAUGUAGUUGUUGGAAAUACAUCGAAAUCGAUCACUCCAAAUUUGGAAUCAAACAAUAACAACAACAACAACCAAUUUAAACAACAAAAGCAACAACAACAACAAUAUCACGAUGCUUAUGACAAUGAAGAAAAGAAUGAAAUGUGGGAGUCCAGUACCAAUUUAUUCUAUAGUAGCAGCAGGUUCUGUCCAAACAAAGAUAACGGUUGUUACUACUAUGGCAAAUGUGAAGAUACCAUCAAGUAUCACUUGGAGAAUGAGUGUCAAGCUCAGAGAAUGAAGAACCGUAUCAACCAACUCGAAUCGAUCAUCGAAAAGAAAGAUACCGAAAUCAAUACACUUAAAACCUCGAUUGGUAUUGAUGAAUCGCCAUCCGCCGGCGGUAAGAAAACGAAAACAAUCAUUACUAGAUCGUCGAUUGGUGAUAUCUUGGUUUUUAUCUUUAGUAGUAUAAAGAAAAGAGUAUCUAAAGGAAUUCAAAGAAUCAAGAGAUUCUUUUCACCAAAAAAUUACAAAAAGCUUUAA